UGUUGCUCUAUCAUAUUUUUUUUUACUGAUUUACCAUUGAUGUUUCCAAUAUUAGUCCGUUAUCAUAUUUUACACAACUUUGCUCAGCAUUCAGAGUCAGAAUACUUUAGGCAAGUUCAAAAUCAGAAGUCUUAAAAUUUUCCUAUGUUCAUCCAAAUUGGAAGAUGACCACUAAGACCUGUUGCUUCUGCGUGCCCUUGCCCACUUGUAGCUUGGGCAUCGGAAUAUUCUUCAUCUGUUUUUUCUUCUGCGAAAUGGCUUUCCUCGGUCAAAGAGGCAUUUUUAUCUACUCGAAAGCCGAUAUUUGGGAUUAUGUGCAGUCGGGCAUUUUAACGGUCGGCAUUAUCAGCUGCAUUAUUUUGAUCUGUGGGGUUUACAAGCAUAAGCGAUGCGCCUUUCUUUUCUGGGUAAUCAUUUUUGCGAUCAUUUUCAUAUUAUACAUGGCAAUGUUCAUUAUCGAUUUGGUCGUUUAUAAAUAUAUAUUGACGGGCAUACUAUUGCAACUGGCUAUAAUAAUAAUUUUAGCUAUUUCUAUUAUGGUUGUGUACACCAACUACACUCACCUGAAAAACGAAGAUCUAUAAAUUUGUCAGUGAUAUCUUUCCAAAAAUUUUCUACAUUUUUAUUGAAAAUUGUUAUUGACAUAAAACGCGUAUGAAAGACAUUUGUUACUCUAUUGUAUACAGUUGGCUGUUUACAUAUUGUAGUAGUACUCAGAGCAUGAGCAUUUUCAUUUGAGAAAAGAAACACAGGCGUUAACUGUGUGUAUUUACUAAAAGAUAAUACUUGGAUUUUCAUCCAAAUAUUCCAAGUUUAUUUCAAAAUUAAGCGUCGACCGAGAAAGCCCGAAACGAUAUAAUACACUAAUUAGUUCGCAAUUCAAUUGAAUUCACGAUGGCUUGUCGCUGCAAGUACUUUAUCAAAAUACUGAACAAAUGCUGCUUCUGCUUCUCGCUGCGCACAGGCACGCUGCUAUUGGGCUGCAUAUUCCUGACCUGGUUCGUCUAUCUGUGCCUUGGCAGUGCCUUCAUGAUGGAGAGCAUCUUCCCCAACGAAUACCAGCGGGAGACACAAGGUCCCCCGGCAGCACCAAAGACUACCAUGGUCUUUUCGUUCUUCGGUAUCAUUGCAUCCGCGAUGGUCUGCAUGGGUGUGCACAAUAAUAAUGAGCUGCUAUUCGUACCGUUUUUGGUGCUAACUCCGAUCUAUAUUUUUGUUCACAUACUGGCCAUGAUCAUCUACAACUUUGUCUGGGUCAUUAUUGCCCUCUUUAUUAUCACAAUAUUUGUAUUAAUCUACGCAUGGAUUAUAAUCUAUUCGUACUUCUCGGAACUGCGCUAUGCCUACGAUGAUGAGCUACCCCAUACGUAUAUCUGAAAAUUCAAUAACUAAAUUCUUCCGUUGGUGCGCUUUCCUUUUUGGUAUGGUUUCGAUGUAAUACAAAUUAAGCGUGUGAACUUACAGACAGUUAACUAUCAGAAGUAAAACAGAUAGAUAGAUAA